AUGGCGGCCAUGUCACCCGUAGCAAGGGCCGAGGCGGCAGCCCCAUGGAAGAAAAACUUGUCUGCCCAUCUUCUCUGCCCGGAGUGCAAGGAGGUGCCUCCCAACCUGGAGUUCCCCGACUCUCACGAGACCGUCUGCGGAUCAUGUGGACUCGUGCUCGCUGACCGAGAAAUUGACUUGCACUCUGAGUGGCGAACAUUCUCCAACGACGACCAGAACAACGAUGACCCGUCCCGUGUUGGAGACGCCAUGAACCCGCUGCUUAACGGUGAUCAGCUGGAGACUUCGAUUGCCAGCGGAGGGUCUGGUCGAGCUCGGGAUCUGUAUCGUGCCCAGAACAAGCAGUCGAACGAGAAGGCGAACAAAGCGCUGCUUGCAGCCUACAAGGAGAUCGGUGCGCUGUGCGACGGAUUCAAUAUCCAAAAGAACGUUGCCGACACUGCCAAAUAUCUCUUCAAGAUCGUGGAUGAUGCCAAGGCGUUCAAGGGCAAGUCCCAGGAAGUCAUUAUUGCUGGCUGCAUCUUCAUUGCAUGCCGCCAGUGUAAGGUGCCCAGGACCUUUACUGAGAUCUUUGCCGUGACUAAGGUGACCCGGAAGGAGAUUGGCCGCAUCUACAAGGCGUUGGAGAAGUUCUUCACUGCACAGAACAUCGAGCGCAACAAUGCCGUUGUGUCAAGUGGCGGUGUGCCUGAUCCGAACGAGGGCUACACGGCCACCACCUCGACCAAGCCUAGCGAUCUCUGCAACCGUUUCUGCAAUCUCCUCGAUCUACCCUACCAGGUCACCAGCGUGUCCGCUGCGCUUUCUGACCGGGUCACCACUAUGGGUGACUUGGCCGGUCGCUCUCCGCUUUCCAUCGUCGCGGCUUGCAUCUACAUGGCCUCCUACCUGAUGGGUCAGGGCAAAUCUGCCAAAGAAAUUUCCCAGGUGGCCCACGUCAGUGAUGGAACCAUUCGCGGUGCUUACAAGCAGCUCUAUGCUGAACGGGAGCGUCUGAUCGAUCCAGAAUGGAUCAAAGAGGGCAAGGGUGAUAUGACCAAGCUGCCUGUGAGCUGA